UUCAUGUGAAUGUUUCCUCUCUGUGUCUCUGAUACAUUUUACCUUGCAGGUUAGAUUCUAGAAGGAGAGCUCUUUUCAAAGGAAACCGUUAUGGAGAGUGGUGGCUCAAAGGUGCUGGAGACAGCAGAAGAAAUCCAGGAGAGGCGUCAGGAGGUGUUGGCUCGGUAUCAGAGGUUCAAGGAGCUGGUUGCUGAGAGGGGGCAGAAGCUAGAAGAGUCCUAUCACUACCAGGUGUUUAGACGGGAUGCAGAUGACCUGGAGAAAUGGAUCUUGGAGAAACUCAAGAUUGCAGGCGACAAGAACUAUGAAGAUCCAACAAACAUACAGGGAAAAUAUCAGAAGCAUGAAUCCUUUGAAGCAGAGGUGCAAGCAAAAUCAAGGGUCAUUCCUGAGCUGGAAGAAAUCAGGAAAGUUCGAUUUGCUGAGGGUCAUUUUGCCCAUGAGGAUACCAAGGUCCACCUGGAAGAGCUGCGGCGCCUAUGGGACCUGCUGCUGGAGCUGACUCAGGAGAAGGGCACCCUGCUACUGCGUGCCCUGAGGCUCCAGCAGUACCUGCAGGAGUGUGCAGACAUCCUGGAGUGGAUCGCAGACAAGGAGGCAAUAGUGACAUCGGUGGAGCUGGGUGAUGACUGGGAGCGCACAGAGGUUCUGCACAAGAAGUUUGAAGAGUUCCAGGUGGACCUGGCAGCUCGAAAGGGCAGAGUGGAUGGAGUAAACCAAUAUGCCAAUGAGUGUGCUGAGACUUCCUCCUGA